AUGUCCGCGGCUCCCUCAAAUUCGCUCGGCCUAGACUUUGACCGCCUCCAGGUCAAGGAUGACUCUACGGCCCCCGCAGAAGAACAGCAGGAGCCCGUCGAUGAUCAGCCCGACACACCCUCAGGCUCAGCAGCACCAGAUGACGCCCAAGACAAGGACAGGGAACCCAGGGAGCCAAAGGAUCGAAAGAAACCAUACGUCAACCCGGAUCGCGUCAAGACAGGCGGUGCACAGCGAGAUAAGCUAACCGAGGAAGAGCUUACCGAGCGCAUGCAGAGGAUCAAGGAGCAGAACGAGAAGAUCAAACAGAGGAGACUGGACGUGCAAGCCGACGAGGAUGCGUUUAAGAAGACGCAGGAGGUGGAGCGCGUCAAACAGGCCAAUACGCGCAAGGUUCAGGACAAGGUUGACAAGACGCGCGAACAGAAUGCGCGUCGGAAGAUGGACAAAGCCCAGAGUCGGGAGUGGGAUUCAGGAAAGUCAGCACCUGACUGGAAAAAGAAGUCGAGUGAAGGACAGAACACGGAGGAGGGCACAGAGGCCUCUCAGCACACAGUCUCUUCUAGGGGAGGUGGACGUCAGCUCAGAGGAGGCUUCCGUGCGGUUCCAGGGCGGGGAAGAGGACGUGGACGUGGUCAGGUCACGAAUGCAUCGCCGACAAGUGCUGUGAAUGAAUCGAGCGCACCCGCGGAAGACAAGGGUAGUGGUGACACGGACGGUGUUGCCGAUGCCACUGCAGCCACCGACGAACCUGUCAUUGCCAGCGAUGAGACCGGUCUGGCUUUGUGAUACUCGUCUUGAGCGCUUGUACUUUAAAGUUGUUAUCGUGCUACUUAUUUCUGUACAUGUAUUUACUUGCAGCUGGAUCGCUUUCCGCUGUUGCUGAAC